UGCCACCAGAGUGACGAGGACAAACGCAGAGAUGUCCCGUUAGAGGACCUACAAGGCCCGAGAGCGGGGCCCAGCUGGCCCAGCUAUAAUUCUUGACAGUUCAAGUUCGUUCGUCGUGUUUUCAAUGCGCCGGAAGAUAUCUACCGUGACUGCGGUGAACCACGACAAAGACAGAGCUGCUCAUUUUUGUCAAGCAGCAGAGUCGUGCAGUGAUUGCUGUGGGUCUAGGACCCAUCAAUAGACUCAUCAUGGGCCGAACCGGGUACACGUGCAUCAGACACGUCUUCUGCUCGUUGAAUGUCCUCAUUUGGCUUUGCGCCUGUGGCAUCCUAGGCGCAGGUAUUUGGCUCAGACUGGCCUACUCUGGAUACGCAACGCUCGUCCCUCAGUACAGUUUCGCAUCAGCCGAUUCCAUCCUGCUCGCAGCUGGUUGUGUCACAUUCGUGGUUGCCUUUUUUGGAUGCUGCGGAGCGUGGUUCCAGUCGAGAUGUAUGCUCAUCACUUAUUUCAGCUUGGUUAUCUUGAUGUUCCUCGCGGAGUUCAUGAUGGGGACAUUGGCCUUUGUAUUUCGUGAACAUCUAAGUAAAAGCUUCAAAGAAGAGCUGCAAUUCGGUAUAGAGAAUCAUUAUAACGCCACUACAGAGCCGGGAACCCUUCCUGCUGUCUGGGAUCACAUUCACACUGAGUUUCACUGUUGCGGCGUGAGAGAUUACACCGAUUGGUUUCGAAUAAGCGCCUGGCCCUUGGAGGAUCGAGUCCCAGACUCUUGCUGCAUGAAAAGGAAACGAUACUGCGGGGAGUUGGACACAGAGGGAAAAAAUAAGGAAUCCUGGUACAAAGAGGGCUGCGCAUCGGCGAUUCAGAUGUGGCUUGUAACGCGUCUUCACGUGGUAGGAACGGUCGGUUUGGUCGUUGCAUUCCUACAAUUAUUCGGCCUAGUCGCCAGUAUGAUACUGUUUUGCACGGUGAGACAUAAGAGAUCUUCGCACACCUACAAGAGCUACGACACAGCGACCUAGUCAGAACGUUAAAUACGUAUAUGAUCUGUGUCAGAAGCCCAACUUCCGGCUGCAUUUCAUUCAUAUAUAAAUUUA